AUGCAAGUAAAAUUGUGAAAAACUGGUUCUUCAGGACAUAAUUAGUCUCAACAUUCAAAAUACUUGAAGAGAAUCAAAGAUCUUUGAUUUAGUGGAAGAGGGAUUUGGCAAAUCGUGAGAUAGGGUACCAGUAAUAAUACUAGGUGCGGUCAAUCAACAGUCUUGUCAUUUUAAGACAGCAUCGUCUUCAUUGCAACUUGCCUACAAAAAAGUUGGUUAGUCCCACUGUUAAAAAAGGCCUUUGCUAAUUUGCAUUUGGUAUCUUGCCUCUCUUCCCUAACAGAAGAAGGGGGGAAAAAAAAUGGCCCUUUGCUGCUCCAUAAAGACUAACUUUAGUAUAUGAUGCAUCUUAUUGAUAAGUUAAUUUUAGCAACUUCCCACCUACAAGAAGUGAAGUCAGUCCUAAGAGAGAGUAAUCUGUUCUUUUCUGCCAGGAAGUUAAAGAGGUUAUUCCUGCAAAAACUUGUCCUUGAAUUUUGGCAACUUUUUUCAGCUAAUCAAUUAUUCCCCUUGAACAACUUCUCCAUCUGUUUCCAACAACCCUCUGUAACUGUCCAUAUUGAAGCAAAAAUAGAAGCUUUCUUCAAUCCUUGUUCUAUAAUCUCUUUGAUCUAGUCAUCUAGUUAUUUUUUUCCUUGAUUUCUGCUACCUUAGAAUCCAAUAGCAUUCCACUUAAGGUUCAGAAAAGUCCCUGAGUUCAAACCGAAAAAUAGGAAAAGGGGAUAGAUCGAACAGAAGCCUAUGUUUUACCUUUAGCCCACCAAUAUAAGCAAGGAAGGCGUUAUAUAUACUUUAUAUAUAAGCAAGAAAGACUCACUCUCUGCUACUUCUGUACUUGAUGAAUCAGAUUCAGUAUCUGCUCUCCAUAUCAUUUGUGGUUCGAUACGCUUCAGAAUUAUGGUGGGCUGAUCAAAGUCUUAAUCUUUCCAUGUUUUAUUUGGUGUCUGAAUGAAAAGGGUCCAAUACUAAAUCCAAGUAACAAAGUUCCUGUUUCUGUAUUUUCCUCUUCGAGUUUUAUCUGUCCAUGAUGACAACAACAAUCAUGUCUCAUCAUCUUCAUCAUCAUCAUCACUUUUCACAUCGGUUGCUUCUGGUAUCGCAACCGCCUGAAGCUCCGCCAAGCGAUCAAAGCAGAACCCGGAACGGAUUCAACAACGAGAACAAUUUCGAUACAAAUAUGGUCAUAAUCCUGGCAGCUCUGCUUUGUGCAUUGAUAUGUGCACUUGGGCUAAAUUCAAUAGUAAGAUGUGCUUUGAGGUGCAGCCGGAGGUUCAGUUUCGAGACGCCGGGGGAGACGGCGGCGCGUCUAGCGGCAACAGGGCUGAAGAAGAGCAUGCUGAGGCAGAUACCGGUGACGGUGUACGGCACCGGAGUGGAGAUGCCGGCGACGGAUUGUCCGAUAUGCCUGGGUGAGUUUUCCGAUGGAGAGAAAGUCAGAGUGCUGCCAAGAUGCCACCACGGUUUCCACGUGAGGUGUAUAGACAUUUGGCUGGCAUCACAUUCUUCAUGCCCAACUUGUCGGCAAUCAUUGCUGGAACACUACACUGAAACUACCACCAUUGCAUCAUCAACUCAUGAUGCUGCUGAUCAGCCCCCUGUUUCUGCUGCUGAAGAGGAGUACGUUAAAACACCAAUCUUGAGUACUUUGAAGAAAAAAGUGACCCCUGCCACAGCCUAAGACGUGGAAGAAGCUCUGUCUUCGUCAUCUUUUGACAUCUGAGGAUUGCCGGGCAUGUUGUGUCAUCCGCUUGGGGAAUCCAGGGUCAUAACUCAAUCAAACACCUAUGAAAUCUACCUCGGCAAGAAGAAGCAUCCACUGCCGGAAAAUCUCAGGCCUGAAAACUUGGAGUCCCCACCAAUCAAUGUCAUUUUUCCUCAACUCCUGGAGUUAGUUUAUGGAGUUGGUACCAAGAAGAACAAGUCCUACCCCCCCCCUCCUUCCCCGCUGGGUCAUGGAAUUGGAAACAAGUUAAUCUUUACAACAAUCACAAUGCCAGAGGUAGACCCGACAAAUUUUUUCAGGAUGAAAGCUCUCAAUUUAGGGGAGAGGAUUCAUAUCCCGAAACUUCAAAAGUAUCUUCAAACCAGCUUUCUGGCAGCUAAGGUUGGCUCAAGGAUGCAUCUUGGCAAACCCAGUGUUUGAAGUUCUUUCCUAAGUUUCUUCAGUGGAGAUGUGCUGACGAUCAAUAUCCGGUAAAAUCUUCUUUUCUGCAACACAAGUGCAGGGGAAGUAUUUAAAUGCCCUCAAUCAUUAGAAGACAUGAUUGAUUUUGCAAGUAGCAUAUUGCACACGGACCAAAUGGUGGCCUUUGAUUUCAAUGCAUCAGCAACCGACUCCUCUAAGACCCUGGCCGUGGCCAGAGUUGUUCAAGUUCAGACUAAAUACACCAUCAUGUGUCAUGAGAUGUUUUACCCCAACGCACUCUAUUUUUGUCAAUCUCCUGAUGCUUUGAUUUUCUCAGUAAACUUCAAGAAUGCGUCCGGUAGGUUCUUCACAACUUGCCACCCCAACACUGCAAACUGGUCGCCGGAUCAUCCGGCAUUCAAGAUCCUGAAGUCUUUCCCCAGUGAUGGGGAAGUGUGUCAUUGGAUGCUUGGCAAUGACGUCCUAGUCAUCACGGCGGAUGCUAAAUGUGAGCACACAUUAGGCGCUGUUGCUCCAAACUUAACAACAACAACUGAAAAACAGAGCAUAUGAAACAGGGCAUGGCCAUGGAAGGGAGCAUAUCAAAAGGAGUUUAUAAGUGUAGGGAGUUGCGGCACUACCACUAGAACUAGGGUGCCAGCUUGCCACCUACCAACAUACCGCUUAACCUGCCAUUCAGAAUUCGUUCGGAUACCAACAUUAAUGCGUAUAUAAUAGCGGUGGGGACCAAUUGAAAAUUGACAAAAAAUAAUGGUUUGUACAACAUAAGCUUAUCAAGACCCCACCCUUUCACGGGUGGGGUCCAAUUUUCUCGCCACCCUUCAUGGGGUGGCGAGAAAAAUCCUCGCCCUCUACACGGGGGUGGCACACAAAUCAUGCGCUACCUCCCCUCGGUUUGGCAAGCAGUUAAUGGGU